AUAAAAAGUCUGCAACUACGUUUGCAAAAUUAUUCUAUCUCAUAUCCAUUAUAUUUUAAUCAUAGGAGAGCUCUGCGAAAAGCAACUCAAAACUAGUUGCGAAAUGAUUCUACAUUUGGAGAUAUUUUCUCUCCACAAAUUGUCGCAAUAAAGUUGUUCAGUAGAGGAGGAAGAAUGAUUUAUCAACUUUAUAUCGUCUGCAUUAUAUAAUAAUCUGAUUAAAAUCUUUUUUUCAGGUAUUUGAAAGAUGUCUGGAAAUUGUGAUAUAUUCUAGAAUAUAUAAGAAGUGAAAGAACUGAUGAAGGUUUAAUCUUGGCCUAGACAAAUAGACAAUUUGAAGUAUUGGAAGAUGGCGGCCAUGGCUUCAUUGGACGAUAUUGAUCUCGCAGCUCUUAAGGAUCCUGCGGGUAUAUUUGAUCUAAUUGAGGUUGUAGGGAAUGGCACUUAUGGACAGGUUUAUAAAGGACGGCAUACAAAGACAGGACAGUUAGCUGCCAUUAAAGUAAUGGAUGUUACUGAGGACGAGGAGGAAGAGAUUAAGCUUGAAAUAAACGUCCUGAAAAAAUACAGCCAUCACAGAAACAUUGCAACUUAUUACGGGGCGUUUAUAAAGAAAUCACCACCGGGCAAGGAUGAUCAACUUUGGCUUGUAAUGGAAUAUUGUGGAGCAGGAAGCGUCACAGAUUUAGUGAAAUCUAUCAAAGGGCAGAGUCUCAAGGAGGAUUGGAUCGCAUACAUCUCGAGGGAGGUUCUACGCGGAUUGACGCAUCUACACGCAUGUAAAGUUAUACACCGAGAUAUUAAGGGACAGAAUGUGCUUCUAACAGACAAUGCUGAGGUGAAGCUUGUUGAUUUUGGAGUUUCAGCUCAGCUAGACAGAACUAUUGGGAGAAGGAAUACGUUUAUUGGUACACCGUACUGGAUGGCUCCUGAGGUUAUAGUUUGCGAUGAUAACCCUGACGCAACAUACGAUAACAGGAGUGAUCUAUGGAGUCUGGGAAUCACGGCAAUAGAGAUGGCUGAGGCCCAACCCCCACUCUGUGAUAUGCAUCCUAUGCGGGCUCUCUUCCUUAUACCGAGGAACCCUCCUCCUCGACUGAAGUCCAGAAAAUGGUCGUCUAAAUUCAAGAAUUUUAUUGAAACAUCUCUAGUGAAAGAUUAUCACCAACGGCCAUAUACAGACGAACUUCUCAAACAUCCCUUCGUCCGAGAUCAACCAACAGAACGUCAGGUGAGGAUUCAGCUGAAGGAUCACCUGGACAGAAUGAAGAAACACAAGGCACAGAAGGAGAGAGAGGAGGCGGAGUUCCAGUAUUCAUGAUCUGAGGAUGAAGCCCUGCCUGAGACAGAUGAAAGAGCAGGGGAACCAUCUUCUAUCCUACAGGCACCAGGGGAUAAUACUCUUCGUAAAAACUUCCAGAUUAUCCAGGAUAGUUCUAAAGCAGCCGCUAAUGCAGCUAUAAAUAAGAACUCACCAGCGAAUAAGGAGAAGGAACGAAGAUCAAGUAGAAGAGAAGAAGUUCCUCCUCCAGCUCCUCGUCUUCCUGUACCCAACCCCUCAUCUAGCUCUAGUACUCCUCCAGGACCUCCGCCACAGCGCCCUUUACCUCCGCCACCAAACGGAGCAGCGGAUAAUAUCCGAAGAGACCAGGGCAGUAAACCAAAUACUCCUCCCUCUAGGGAUCAGAACCGGAACUCCCGUUUGAUAUCUGCUCCUGGAGCAGGUGGACCUGGUAAGAAGCCGACUGAUCAGCUUGAUGAGCUCGCUAAACAGCUUCAAGAUCUAGUUCCUUCUCCAGGACCUGCCCGUGCUGACCGGCGGCCAGCAGACCGGCAACGUGUUCCUAGUUCUCAGCAACCAGUGUCUCCAGAUCUUGUUGAAGACGAUUCAUCAGACGACGAGGGUCCUAUACUCAAAGACGGAACCAUCAAUGCAUCAGAACGGAAUCCUAAACCACUCCGAGAGUUCCUGCCCCACAGGAGCUCCGGAGCAGGAGGAGCUGGAGUUGGAGGAGUUGGAGCUCCACAGGAGCAUAGAGUUAGUAGUGUUGGUGUACCAGCUAAAGGUCCCAGCAGACCUCUUCCCCCGACACCCGACGACGACGACACCAUGCGCCGAGGCGGUAACUCUCCAGCCAUCCGGACAAAUAUGCCGGAUCUACUCCCCCAGACUCCGUCAACCACCUCCGGUCCUCCCACUCCCUUGUCUAGAGGAAGUCAGGACUCCCCAGGACUCCAGGGGGGAAACCAUCCUCCUACUGCAGCAGAGAUUCAACAGAGAGAGAAGAGUUUUCUUUCCUUUGGGUUUGGAGCAGGAGGUACUGGGGUUGGUGAAAGUAGCAGUAAUAUAAACCCCAGACGAGAGUCUCAUAUAAAUGUUAAUGUUGCUCCACCUCAUGAGUUUGGGACAGAUACACCAGAAAUCAGGAAAUACAAGAAGAGAUUUAAUUCUGAAAUCCUGUGUGCUGCCCUAUGGGGGGUUAAUCUUCUUAUUGGAACAGAAAACGGUUUAAUGCUUCUAGACAGAUCAGGACAAGGUAAAGUGUAUCAGUUGAUAUCUAGACGAAGGUUUCAGCAGAUGGAGGUGCUGGAGGGACAAAACAUACUGGUUACCAUCUCAGGAAAGAAGAAUCGUGUGCGCGUAUACUACCUCUCCUGGCUAAAAUCCAAGAUUCUGCGCACUGACACCAAUAUUGAGCGCAAAGCUGGCUGGAUAAAUGUUGGUGAUCUGGCGAGCGCGGUACAUUUCAAGAUUGUCAAGUACGAGCGGAUAAAAUUCCUGGUGAUCGCGCUGCGCGACUCUAUAGAAAUCUACGCCUGGGCGCCUAAACCUUAUCAUAAAUUCAUGGCCUUCAAAACAUUUUCAGAGUUGCAAUACAAGCCCUUGCUAGUUGAUCUAACUGUAGAGGAAGGAACAAGACUAAAAGUUCUCUAUGGAUCAUGUUCAGGAUUCCAUGCUGUUGAUCUAGAUAGUGCCAGUGUGUAUGAUAUCCAUAUACCGAAGCACCCCCAGGGUCCUAUUGCCCCCCACACUAUCGUGACCCUACCCAACUCUAACGGUAUGCAGUUACUGCUCUGCUACGACAACGAGGGGGUUUAUGUCAACACAUAUGGCAAGAUUGCUAAGAAUAUAGUGCUGCAGUGGGGAGAGCUACCGACUAGUGUAGCGUAUAUAGGAACAGGGCAGAUUAUGGGUUGGGGAAACAAGGCCAUAGAAAUAAGAUCUGUAGAAUCAGGACAUCUUGACGGAGUAUUCAUGCAUAAAAAGGCCCAGAAACUCAAGUUUUUGUGUGAACGGAAUGACAAGGUUUUCUUCUCCUCUGCUAAAGGCGGGUCCUCCUGUCAAAUAUAUUUUAUGACUUUAAAUAAACCAGGAAUGGCCAACUGGUAAUUUCAGUACAGAACCCGUUGUAUAUUUACUGAUCCUGUAUAUUGUUACAAUUUACUGAUCCUGUAUUUUGUACAGUACACUGUGUAUACCGUACAGUACCUGACUGUACUAUUUGCCAAGUCUGUGUGUUAAAACUGUACCGUGGUUUGCAGUACAUGCUUCUCUGUACAACUAAUGUGUAAUGUAUCUUGUACAAGAAGACUGAGUGUAAUCCUCUUCACUAGUCUUAUUCUACAAGAAAAUGAAAAUCUGAAACACGAAUUAAUUUAAACUUCUAGAUUUUUCUUAAUUCGUUGUUCCGUAAAUCCUAAUGAUCUUUUCCAAAUCAUAUUUUAGAAUAUCAAAACACCCCUCUGUGAGAAUUUUAACAAAAAAUAUUUAUAAACUUGUUUAGUCAAUUUUUGUUUAAUGUGAUCCAAUCCUGCUUGAGUCCCUGCCUGCUGGGACCUGUUUGGCCCCCGAUGAUGAAGUGUCGUCAUUAACUUUUUAAUCUUGGAAUAAAAAAACCUAUCUAAGAAAAUUUUAGUAAAAAUCUGACCUCCGGAUCUGAACCCAAUUUGGAAAUUUUAGGGGAUUAAGAAAAAAAAA